GCCUGCAGUCAUGUCGGGUCGCUCUGUGCCACAUGCCCACCCGGCCACCACCGAGUAUGAGUUUGCCAACCCGAGCCGCCUGGGAGAGCAGCGCUUCGGAGAAGGCCUCCUGCCAGAAGACAUCCUGACCCCCACCCUCUACCACGGCUACUAUGUCCGGCCCCGGGCUGCCCAGGCUGGGGAGGGCAGCAGGGCAGGGGUCUCCGAGCUCAGGCUCAGUGAAGGCAAGUUCCAGGCCUUUCUGGACGUGAGCCACUUCACCCCUGAUGAGGUGACGGUGAGGACUGUGGACAAUCUCUUGGAGGUGUCGGCCCGCCACCCCCAGCGCCUGGACCGCCACGGCUUCGUGUCCCGAGAGUUCUGCCGCACCUAUGUCCUGCCCGCCGACGUGGACCCCUGGAGGCUCCGUGCUGCCCUCUCUCAUGAUGGAGUCCUACACCUGGAGGCCCCCCGGGGUAGCCGGCACUCGGACACAGAGAUCAAUGAAGUCCACAUUUCCCUGCUGCCCGCCCCACCUGACCCCAAGGAAGAGGAGGAGGAGGCAGGAAUGGAGCCCUGA